UAGGACUCGCCCUAAAACCGUGAUCUCGGAGCGCCUCUCUCAGAGCUUACUUCCGCUCUCUUCAAGUUAGGAAUCGGGCUCAGCCUCCAGUUUUCUCAGGCGGCAGCGGCAGCGGCAGCGGUUCGCGAUGUUCGGCCUCAAGAGAAACGCAGUAAUCGGACUGAACCUCUACUGUGGGGGAGCCGGGUUAGGACAGGGCAGCGGCGCCUCCUCUCCGGGGGGGCGGCUUUUGGCUGCGGGGAAGGAGGCCACGGCGCGGCGAGAGGUAGGGGGAGGGGAAGCCGGCACGGUGAUUGGCGGAAGCGCCGGCCCGAGCCCCCCGGCCACUCUUGCGCCCGACGCCCGGAGGGUCGCGCGGCCCUCGCCCAUUGGCGCCGAGGGCCCCGACGUCACCGCGACCCCCACCAGACUGCUGUUCUUCGCGCCCACACGCCUCGCGUCGCCGCCUGAAGAGAUGGAAUCCCCGAUCUCCGACGCCAUCAUGUCGCCCGAAGAGGAGCUGGACGGGUGCGAGCCAGACCCUCUCGGGAAGCGGCCUGCUGUCCGGCCUUUGCCUUUGAUGGUCGGAGAAGCCAGUAACAACAGUCCAGGCUCGGACGGCUCGCUGCCCUCGACGCCGCCCCCAUCAGAGGAGGAGGAGGACGAGUUAUAUCGGCAGUCCCUGGAGAUUAUCUCUCAGUACCUCCUGGAGCAGGCAACCGGCGCCAAGGACGCGAAGCCCCUGGGCGGGUCUGGGGCCACCAGCCGGAAGGCGUUGGAGACCCUGCGCCGAGUCGGGGAUGGGGUGCAGCGCAACCACGAGACGGCUUUCCAAGGCAUGCUUCGGAAACUGGACAUCAAAAACGAAGACGAUGUCAAGUCUUUGUCUCGAGUGAUGGUUCAUGUUUUCAGUGACGGAGUAACAAACUGGGGCAGGAUUGUGACUCUUAUUUCUUUUGGUGCCUUUGUGGCCAAACACUUGAAGAGUAUAAAUCAAGAAAGCUGCAUCGAACCACUAGCAGAAAGCAUCACAGAUGUUCUCGUAAGGUCAAAACGAGACUGGAUAGUCAAACAAAGAGGCUGGGAUGGGUUUGUGGAGUUCUUCCAUGUAGAGGACCUAGAAGGCGGCAUCAGAAAUGUGCUGCUGGCUUUUGCAGGUGUUGCCGGAGUAGGAGCUGGUUUGGCAUAUCUAAUAAGAUAGCCUUUUAAGUGCAAUAAUUGAUUCUUCAGCCACCAAACUCAAGUAUUUAUGAAGUUGGACGUCAGGCUGUGCAGGCCAUCACCUAGCGAUGGAUAAAACCAAGUGACAGGAGGAUUGUGGCUAACAGUAAUAAACAUAUGAGAAAAGUGAUUUCCCUUGAAGAGUCAGUAUCUGAAAGAAGCUGAGUUCCAUUUCAGCAAGAGGCAACCUUUGGGAAGCUAUGGAGAUGGACGUUUUAGUGAAGACAGUAGAGUGGAGAGACUUAACCUCUCCUAAAACAGGAAAUUGGCCAGUGGACAGGCUAGUUAGUCAUAGAUACGCCCACUGAAUUCAUAAACUUCUAUAGUGUUAAAAUAGAAGCACUAACAACGCCAGUGGCAUAUGUAAAGUUUAAGCUGCAAGUAAUAAAACUAUGACGAGAAGCCUCAGUACUGUACAGCAGAGUGUGAACGGAAGCUUUUUCUUCUGUAGCUUUCCCAAGUGGGAUUCUUCAAUAGACCAAAUGCUCAGGAUGUUUAUACCUGUUCUACUUUGAGGGAUUCUUAUUUGCCUAAUGUCAUGGCCAAGAAUACUGAAAAUUUGAAUAGAAUUACAAAUUUGGAAUGUCCAGUUUUGAAAUUUGUUUGGGGAAAUUGGUUUAUAUUUUUGGAAAUUAGUAUUAAUCAAAAAGGAGAUAAAACAAAAUUUUACUUUCAUUUUUUCAUACCCUUAAAUUCUGUUUCUAUAGUUAAGAACCUAUUUCUUAACAGCUUUUCUAUUCUAAUCUUUGUUCUAGUCAAUACUAGAUUGUAUACAGAACCAGCUGAUGUAAUUGUAUGCAACUUGGUGUAGUACAACAAUUCUGAUAACUAUGCAGGCUUUAAUUUUCCUAUCUUGAUUUGGGUAAGUAUUUCUUAAACUGCUGUUUGGGGUUUUUUUAACCUGGGACUGAGAAAUUAAUGGAAAUUAAUCCUUUCACUUUGUUACACCUGGGUUUUCAAUAAUUGAGUCACGGGUUUAAGGUUUAUUUUGGGGGGUGGAACACACGGGCUGAUGACUUUCAGAUGAUGUGCUCUGAUUGGGCAACUACUUAUUUUGAGUUCCUUCCAUUUGAUCUAAUUUAACUGGUGCAAUUUAAACUGAGUUCAUGAGCUCAUCUUCAAAGCUUUUGCUAAAAGAUUUUCAGCUGUUCAAAAUGGGAUUUGUAAGGAAUAUGUAUAAAAAGAUCACAUCAGGUGGAUGAGAGACACUUGACCCCCUAUUUGCUUUAUAAAUUGUACAAUAAUGGCUUGGCAAAGCAAGCUAUAGUCUAACCAUGGUGCUAUUAUUAGGCUUGCUUGUUAAAACGAAGGUCUAAGCCUAGCCUGUGAAUAAAACAAAUAGUUAUUUCAUUUUUA